CAAAUUUGAAACCAUUUACGCUCCGUAUUUUCAACAGAUCGAAUUGCGUACUUCAGCUUUUAAUUAGUUUUACUCUCUGUUCGUGAAGAAAUGUCGCACUACGAGAACCAAUAUAGUGCAGGCCAGGCCCUGCAGACGGAUGAAUAUGGCAAUCCCAUCCGCCAAACUGACGAAUAUGGUAACCCAGUGCAUCACACUGGAGGUACCAUGGGAGACUAUGGAACCACCAGAACAGGAGGUGCCUACGGAACUCAUGCUGGCGGUGGCGCCGGCCACACCGCUGGCAUACUUGGUGGGGAACACCAGACGGAUGAAUAUGGCAAUCCCAUCCGCCAAACUGACGAAUAUGGUAACCCAGUGCAUCACACUGGAGGUACCAUGGGAGACUAUGGAACCACCGGUACAGGAGGUGCCUACGGAACUGAUGCCGGCGGUGGCGCCGGCCACACCACUGGCAUACUUGGUGGUGGCGCUGGCCACACCACUGGCAUACUUGGUGGGGAACACCGUCCCGGCCAUGAACACGGUACUCUCGGUGGCAUGCUCCACCGUUCUGGAAGCUCCAGCUCCAGUUCUUCAGAGGAUGAUGGACUAGGCGGAAGAAGGAAGAAGAAAGGGAUGAAGGAGAAGAUUAAGGAAAAAUUGCCAGGAGGUCACAAAGACGAUCAGACCCAUUCAACUGCAACAACUACGACUACCGGUUAUGGUAUGGAAGGGGAGCAUCAUCGUGAGAAGAAGGGAAUCAUGGAAAAGAUUAAGGAGAAGCUUCCUGGCCACCAUGGCCCUGGCCAACACUAGAAAAUCUGCUGCGAAACAAUAAAUACCUUUAAAACAUGUGUGUUUUGUAUUUCAAGGUUGUUUCUAGUUAGUCUUUGCUGAGUUCUGAAGCGUGGCGCUAUUUGAGUAAAGCCAUGGUAGACUCUUUAAGUGCUAGUGGAAGCAGAGUCUUACAUGUAAUAAGUACGCCGUAAUGUAAUAAGCACGUUGUUUCAUGUACCUCGUUAUAGUGAUGUGUCGUGAAUGUAUUUAAAUUCAUAUGAACAACUUCUCUUUCU